UCAUUGUAAACAGAAAAUGACCAGAAAAAGAGAAUAGAGUUCAAAACAAUAUCGUUGCUCGAUUAAAUUAAUGUUUUAAAAUGGGAAGACACUCGAAUGCAAGUAUUGUAAACAAUACAAAAAUACAAAAGGAACAGCUGCAGCUCUGCAAGAUUCAAAAAGAGCUGGAAACCAUACUGGGAAGAGUUAAUGAAGCCAUAAACGAACUGAAAGUAGAAGAAUUACAGUUAAAAGCAGGAGCAGCAGCAGCUUUAAGUGAAAAUAUGCAAGCAGCAAAUCUAAAUAAUCCAAGCGAACAAGAGCAGCCCAGCACCAGUUCGCAAGCCAGUUUAUUACUCGCUCAAUUGCCACAUAACAUGACAUGCGAACCACCAGCCCAGGAUAACGCGCAAAUCGAUGCAGUUAUUAUUAAUAAACAGAUUAUAUAUUUAAACACAGCAUCAUGUAACAAUAACAUAGAAGAAGAGGAGGACGACGACGUUUAGUAUUAACUUGGUAGAUCAAGUCAAUGAAAUUACAGUAAAUUGAAGGCUAAGUUCGAGUUCUUCCGAAAUACUUACACAUUUUUAUUACACGUGCACAUACAAUUUGUGAUUGAUUCAAUUACGUAUAUAUUUCAAUAUUUAUAUAAAUAAUAUCUUCUUGAAUAUGCAAA